UUGCAACUCCAUGGCUAUAUGUGCCACAUACUACAGAAGGAAAUGGCUUUGUGAGGGCCGUUAAAAAGCCAACGAAGACAGAGAAAGUAGGAGAAGGAGGAGGAGUGAAGACAUAGAGUGGGAGGGCUCUUGGCCAAGACUGCAGCGUGGCUCCAUGUGGAAAUGAAAGAACCUCUCUCACACUUUUUCUGCUGUCUCUCUCUGGCUUUCACUUACUGCAGCAAGUGAGCCCAUCCAGAGCAAACACAGGGGAGUGUCUCAAGGUGACCUCAGUCUGGAAGUAAAUAUUUUUCUAAAGCCUUGGAUGAAGACAGGUGUGAUGCUGGGCUAGUGUGUUUGAUACACACUUUCACGCAUUUGGAGAUCAGUGGUGUUGUGCGCUGCUGGACACUGGUGAAUUUUCACAUCGAAACUGCAUUGGCUGUUCUUUUAUUUUCUGGGUGAAGGGACAGACUAUCGUGAACUGAGUGACAGAAUGACUCUACAUCCCAAUGAUUUGGUCCCUCAGAAGAUCUUGCAGCAUACUGUUUUCCCUAAACCAUUUCCACUAAUCCUGCUGCUGCUCCACCAGGCCUGGAGGAGUUACUGUCACCCCCAGUGCUUGGAUUACAAACCUCCCUUUGGGCCUCAGCAGCCAUUGGUCUUCUGCAAGGAGUAUACCAAGUUUGGAUGCUGUGAUCUGCAAAAGGAUGAAAAGAUAUCAAGCAGAUUCCACGCAAUCAUGGAAAACUUUGACCAUUCGGGCUCUAAAACCUGUGGCAAAUACAUACACAGCAUCCUCUGUCAGGAGUGUUCUCCAUAUGCUGCCCACCUAUAUGAUGCUGAGGAUGCCAACACACCAAUGAGGGUUCUGCCUGGACUCUGUGGAGAUUACUGCUCAGACUACUGGCUGCACUGUCGAUACACGCUGAGCCUGCUCCUGGAGGAUUUGGGGAGCCCACAGCACUUUGCCAACUUGACUGCCACAAUAGAAGAGGACCGCAGAAGGUUCUGUGACUUUCUGGAACUCAAGGACAAGCAGUAUUGCUACCCAAAUGUUUUAACAGAUGCGGAACUAAAUGCCAACCUCGGCUUAGUACGUGAAGAUCCUAAAGGCUGUCUGGAGGUGUGCUUGCAGGAAGUUGCCAAUGGUCUCCGUAACCCCGUGGCCAUGAUCCAUGCAGAUGAUGGAAGCCAUCGCUUCUUUGUUGCAGAACAGCUGGGUUAUGUCUGGGUGUAUUUGGCUAACGGCUCCAGGAUCGACCGUCCUUUCCUCAACCUCACCCAGGCUGUACUCUCAUCUCCAUGGACUGGAGAUGAGAGGGGAUUCCUCUGCAUAGCCUUGCAUCCAAGGUUCACCACAGUCAGAAAAGCCUACGUUUACUACUCAGUGUCUGUCAAGAAAGAGGAGAGAAUAAGAAUCAGCGAGUUUUCCCUCUCAGAACAUGAUGAUAACCAGCUAGAUCAUUCCUCUGAGAGAACCAUUCUGGAGGUGGUUGAGCCAGCAUCAAAUCAUAAUGGUGGACAGCUGCUUUUUGGCCAUGAUGGAUAUCUCUACAUCUUUACUGGAGAUGGCGGACGAGCCGGGGACCCAUUUGGAAAGUUUGGCAAUUCACAGAACAAAUCAGCACUUCUUGGCAAAGUGCUGCGCAUUGAUGUUGACAACAAUGAUGAAGGUGUUCCCUACGGCAUUCCCUCUGACAAUCCAUUCAUAGGGGAGCUGGGAGCAAGGCCUGAGAUUUAUGCCUAUGGAGUUCGUAACAUGUGGCGAUGCUCCAUUGACCGCGGUGAUCCUGCUACAGGUGCAGGCAGAGGCAGGAUGUUUUGUGGUGAUGUUGGCCAGAACAAAUACGAGGAGAUAGACCUAAUUGUUAAAGGAGGUAACUAUGGUUGGAGGGCCAAAGAAGGAUUCAGCUGCUAUGAUCGCAAACUCUGCCAAAACUCAUCUCUGGAUGACAUUUUGCCAAUCUUUGACUACCCCCAUAAGCUGGGAAAAUCAGUGACUGGUGGAUACAUCUACAGAGGUUGCGAGAUGCCAAACCUAAAUGGACUUUACGUCUUUGGGGAUUUCAUGAGCGGGCGUCUAAUGUCUUUAAAGGAGAAUGAGGCUACAGGUGAAUGGCAGUAUAAUGAGAUCUGCAUGGGAAGAGACCAGACUUGCAAAUUUCCUAAACUCAUCAACAGUUAUUACAGAUACGUCAUCUCCUUUGCUGAAGACGAAGCAGGAGAACUGUAUUUCUUAGCCACAGGAGUCCCGAGUGCCACAGCCAGAUCUGGAGUCAUCUAUAAAAUAGUGGAUCCUUCCAGACGUGCACCACCAGGAAAAUGCAGCAUCAAGCCUCUGCCUGUUAAGAUAAAGGGAAAACUCAUUCAUUUCUACCCCAAAGAGGAGUUUGUAAUCAACAAGAAACCAACCACGACACCUGUUCCCACCACGACCACUCCAAAAACUACAACUACAAAGAAACAGACAAUACGGAGACCAAUAAUUAUAAGAAAACCUCCGAUUCCAACAAGAAAAAUAGCACGACCACAGCCCACAACAGCAACACCAAGAAAGACGACGAGAAAGACGACACAACUUGCACCAAUAAAAACAACGUCAGCCACAACAGUAAAACCAACAACUGUCCAGAGGGGCACAACUCCGUCCACUGGUUAUCGUGCAACCAUCAUGACUGCAGUCUACUCUAGGAUUGCUCAAACCUCAAUCAACAGCACAACCUCAACAAAAAGAUAUUGGAGACCACCUCCAUACCCUGCUGGUACCACCUCCCUACCUUUAAACUCACCACCGUCCCCAUCUCCUACUCCCUCACUGUCUCUGAAAAGGCCUCAAGGUGCUUUGCUGACAACAACAUGGGCACCUUAUGCAAGCCAGAAACCCAACAAGCUCCAGAAAACACCAGUCAGCACCACAUUACCUAAAGUCCGGGACGAGAAAUUGUUACCUCGAGAGAAGCAGCAAAGUGCUGGGGAGAGCAACCAAGUCAACAAAGGGCUGAGAGGUCAAGGACGUGGCUCUAAGAGGGGAAGAGGAGGGAAAAGGCUUACUUCUGGCUCUGUGCGGCUUGUGAGUGCUGACGGUUUGUCAGAUCGAGGCAGGGUGGAGAUCUUCAUCCGGGGAGAGUGGGGAACGGUGUGCGACGACCUGUUCACAAGGAAGGCGGGUACAGUUGUGUGUCGACAGCUUGGCUUCACAACUGCGGUGGCGGUGAUGAAGAGGGCCGCACUGGGUGAGGCCAGCAGCAGGGUUAGGAUCCUGCUGGAUGAUGUGGAGUGUGAGGGUGGGGAAAGAUCCCUGCUGGAAUGCAAGAGGUCAAAGGUGGGGAAACACAACUGUUCUCAUGAAGAAGAUGUGGGGGUGAUCUGCGUUUAGCAAACAUUAAGAAGAAGGAGAAGACUGGAAUAAUGUGCUAUGACACACACAAAGUUUUACUUUCAAUUUUCUGGAAAGUUAACUGUCCUUUCUGUUUCUGAAAACUAGAAAUGACCUGAUGUGUUUAAGAAGGUUUCCCAACAGGCAAGUGUUAUUUCCUGUAUCUUUUUCUUUUACACUAACCAGAACACCAGAAGCUACUUCAAAAUAAGGCUAUGUUUGCACAUGAUUCACCAAUAUGAGAUGUGUGUGUGUGUUGUUAAAAAUGGUCAAACACAUUAUAGAAAACAUAUGUAAAUCUGGGUUCCAGAAACUUGGCAAGUUCUGUCAAAAUACUUUUCUGCUUACUGGUUUGGACGUUUUUCCGGAUUACUGAGAGAUAAAAAACAACAACAAGCAAACCAGUCAGAGAAGCUAAUAUGAAAACACAGCGGUGAUAAAAUGCUCCAUUAUUCUCCACAAGAUUACAUGAUUUCCAUAGUUAUUGUUUUUCACAUUCCAUUGCUCACAUACAGUUUUCUUUUUCCAAUUACCACCAGUUUUUUUAUAUUCAGCUUUUCUGUUGGCCUCCUUUGAAUUGUGGAAUAGAUUUGCUGUUCACCAAGCUAACUACUUGUCAAAGGAACAACAAACAUACAUACACUGCUGCAGAAUCUGCAGAUUUUUUUUGCACCAUUCAGCUCCAUUCCUUACCCCUGAUUAAUGAAGGAGCCAACCAACCAAAUUAGUAUUUUAAAUAGAAGAUGAGAAUGAAUAAAAUUGUUUUGUUAUUCAAAAUCACAUCUAUGUGUUGCAAAAUAUGUAUUUUUAUGUUUUCAGACUUUUUUUUAAACUCAAGUUGUAAAUCAUUUUAAUAAACAUUUUGAAUGUAAUUUUAACCCAGAAAUGCUGGACAUUUUGUACAGUGAAUGGAAUAAUGGUAAUGGAAUAAUGAUUUGAAUAAUUAUUGCCACCUCUCGUGAAGAUGUGAAAAAAAUUAUUUUAUUUCAGUCGCAUAAUCUCACAGUGAAGAAAAACCCAACUAUUUUCAGUGGAGAGAAAAACAAUCAUUACAAAAUAAUGGUUUCUGUCACAAAAUCACUGGUGGGUGUUCUAACACUUAAAACUAAUUUUACUGAAACAUUUCUGUUUUAAAUGUAUACUUGUACUCAGUAAUCAAUAACAGUAUACUUUCCUGGGGUCAGACGGGAAAGAGAAAAAUGGAGAUUUUGUUUUCCACACUAAUUAAAUAAAGUCUAACUAAUUAUUUUCUUUGAAAGUUUAUGCAUCUGCAAUAAAAGAUGCAUUUACUCUUAGGGCUUUUUCACAUCUUUACCUGAAAUGUCAGUAGUUACAGGAGUCAGAUUUCCUAAAGUGGGCACAGGAUGCCUAUUGUAUGAAUAAAGGUUUUUGCAAAACA